ACAGUUCUUUUCUUUAUCCAUUAACCCAGAACGCCUACAUCUCGCGGUGGCCAUGCACUGGUACUGCACUAGUAAACACUAAACCAAAACAUAUCAAAAAAAAAAAAAAAAAAAAUCUAUUGAUACACCAUCUCUACUGCGAGUGGAGAGGCUGUGGUACUGAUCAAUGUUGCAUGCAGCAUCUGCCUCAAGCUUUUGUUUAACCUAUCCCAGGAACCUUCAUUAUCCUUGUUAUUUAACAAAGCCUUUGGUUAAAACAAGAUUGUCUGUCCGUUGUUCAUUACCAGACACAAAUAAAGGAGCUCAAGCGGAAUAUACUCCAUGGCUCGUCAUUGGCUUGGGUAACCCUGGAAAUAAGUACCAUGGCACUAGGCACAACGUUGGAUUUGAAAUGAUUGAUAGCCUUUCUCAAGCAGAAGGGAUUCUGAUGAACACAAUACAGUCAAAGGCCCUGAUUGGAAUAGGUUCUAUAGGAGAAGUACCAGUUUUGCUGGCAAAGCCCCAAACAUACAUGAAUUUUAGUGGGGAAUCAGUUGGGCCGCUUGCAGCAUAUUAUAAAAUACCCUUGCGUCAUAUUCUACUAGUUCAUGAUGAAAUGAGCCUUCCGAAUGGUGUUUUAAGGCUUCAACCUAAAGGCGGACAUGGUUAUCACAAUGGAUUGAAAAAUGUGAUGGGCCAUUUGGAUGGUUCCCGUAGUUUUCCUCGGCUGUCAAUUGGAAUUGGAAAUCCUCCUGGAUCUAUGGAUAUGAAAGCUUUUCUUCUACAGAAGUUCAGUUCGGUGGAACGAAAUCAGAUUGAUGCUUCAUUGGAGCAAGGAGUUGAAGCUGUAAGGACCCUAGUGCUCCAUGGGUUUAACAGCCAUGUCAAUAGAUUCAAUUUAGGGCAAAAAUACAAGUACCAUAAAGUUUAAUUUCUCUCGAAUGAACCGCCAGUUUUGGGCAUGACGAAAUCCUCGGUUACCUUAUUGUGUAUGGUAGCAGUUUUACCUCAAAAGUUUGUCUUGACCUUGUACUGUACAUUUGUGUAAAGCUCACUUAUUUUUUCAUAUUAUGGCUAUGUCAGGCAGAUAAUUGCUUCCUCGUGAGAAAAAUAAGUUUUUGCUAGGACCAAUCUACAAAAUUGGUAGUGUUUGUGG